CUCCGGAUACUCCGGAUAACUCAAAACAUCCAAAAACAUGCAUAUUAGGUCAAUUUAACACUGUGAAUUGUCCCAAGGAGUGAAUGUGAUGUGUGUCAUUAAUAAAAAAUUGCAACUCUAAAUCAGUGAUAUCAAUCCAAGAUCAAAUGAAAACGUCAUUCAGUGGAAUAAUAACUCACCUGGUGCUAUUUUUUAACGUCGAUCACAGUCCUGUGAUCCUUCAAAGAAGGCUCUUUUGCAGUGAUUUCCAUCAGUGAUUCAUACUUAAUUAUGAAGAUUUGUAUACACUAAAUUCAAAUAAACCUUUAUUGACACAUUCUGAACAGAUUAAUUCUUCAGUAUCGAUUGAAUUUUGAGAAUUCAUGAAUAUGUAGUGUUCAUGAAGUUCAAAAAAUGUACCACUUCCCAGGAUGCAUUAUCAUAGAGUGGUUUCCUGUUGCAUCUCCAUCAAUCAAGUUGUGCUUGUUGAGACAGAAAAUAAAGCUCAAAGUUAGGCUAGCAAUACAGAUAAUAAAAACAAAAGUCUCUAUCCUUAAAGCUAUCAAAUACCACGUCAAAUGUUCUUUUCGCCUUUAAAAAUAAGUCUUGUUCAACAUUUGAUCAUAAGUUAAUUGACACAAAAAAACAUUAUUUAGUUGACUGUGUUUUUUAGACAGGGACAAUAUUUGAAUUAAUGGGUAGUUGUUGACGACAAAAACACAAAGUUGCCAUUCUAUCUUUCAGUGUUGUUGUGAAACUGAACUCAUACACAGUGAAUAAAACUGAUGUGACUUCUCAACCAAUAGGUAUCAGAAACAGGAACAAAAACACAAGAUAAGCUCCUACAUGCCAAGUCAAACACUUUUAAGCCUGUAGCUAUGAUCAGGCUAUGUUAACAGUCUGUCAGCUCAAACCACACUAACACUCUGAGAAACUAAAAAAACUGUGACAGAGCUGCAACCCAAAACUGACAAAGCCAAAGCAGAAGUCCAGCACAAAGUGACUGGAACGGAAACAAAUAUUUGUAAACAGGAGCCUCCUUCUGAAUCCAAAUUGGAAUUCAAAUUAAACCAAAGCAAAUCAGGAAGAAGACCACAACCAGAAACAAUAUCAGGAUUAAACCCCUGGUUGCUGCAGAAGGAGAUCCUCCUCCAACCGCCUAGUGCUUCUGUGGAUCAGGUUUCCUUCUGCUCAGACGCCCCCCUUCCUCUGAUCCAGACUCCAACCCUACUGCUGUGCAAUUAUAGAAGGAGGGCCGUGCUGUUUUUUCCUUAGUGUUUUUUUUUUUCUUUGAAGAAGGCGACUUUUUUUUGUCUUCCCUAAACGUGAGCACCAGCAGCGGGGUAAUGAGGGUGCGUCCUCUGGUCCCUCCAGUACCUCCCAGUUCUUCAGGCUCCCAUAUAAAAGCCCUGGUGGAAAAUGAGUGUAGGCAGUAGGGAGUUUUCUGCUGGGGUCAGGAGGACUUUGGACAGACGAACGGAUCCUGCCCCAAAACACCCGUGUAUGAGUGGAGUGUAGCAGAAAGAGAAAACAUCCCCAACCUUUUCUUUCCACUCUUGCCUCAAAGAGUCUACAUGUCUAGUGGCAUCUAGACAUGUUCAGCUUUGUGGAUUUUCGGAUAGCGCUGCUGCUCAGCGCAGCAGUGCUCCUGGUCAGAGCGCAGGGCGAGGACGACCGUAAGAGUACCAUCUGUACCAUGGAUGGCCAGGUGUUUGCUGACCGGGAUGUGUGGAAGCCAGAGCCAUGUCAGAUCUGUGUGUGCGACAGCGGCACAGUGAUGUGUGAUCAGGUCAUCUGUGAGGACACGGCAGACUGCCCCAACCCCAUCGUCCCCCAUGAUGAGUGCUGCGCUAUCUGCCCUGACGACGGUAUCAUACUUCUGUUAUAUUUGUAUCCAAAUGCUUCCAGGCUGCUCAGGUUGAGGGACCCAAGGGAGACCGUGGAGCCAAGGGAGCAAGGGGUCCUCCUGGUCCUCCUGGCAGAGAUGGUUUGGAUGGCCAGCCCGGACCUCCCGGCCCUCCUGGACCCCCUGGCCUCGGUGGAAACUUCUCCCCUCAGAUGUCUGGUGGUUAUGAUGAUAAAUCCCCUGCCAUGCCUGUGCCUGGACCCAUGGGCCCAAUGGGACCCCGUGGAUCCACUGGACCUCCUGGUGCUAGCGGACCCCAGGGACCUGCUGGCCCUCCAGGUGAGCCAGGAGAGGCUGGAGCUCCUGGUCCCAUGGGUCCACGUGGGGCUGCUGGCCCCCCUGGAAAGAAUGGAGAGGAUGGUGAGUCUGGCAAGCCAGGUCGUGCCGGUGAGCGCGGACCUUCUGGCCCACAGGGAGCUCGUGGCUUCCCAGGAACCCCUGGACUGCCCGGCAUCAAGGGACACAGAGGAUUCAGUGGUCUGGAUGGUGCUAAGGGAGACAGUGGCCCUGCUGGACCCAAGGGAGAGGCUGGAGCCUCUGGCGAGAAUGGAACUCCUGGUGCUAUGGGACCUCGUGGUUUGCCCGGUGAGAGAGGCCGCACUGGUCCUGCUGGAGCUGCUGGAGCUCGUGGUAACGAUGGUGCUGCUGGUGCUGCUGGACCUCCUGGUCCCACUGGCCCCGCUGGACCUCCCGGAUUCCCUGGUGGCCCAGGAGCCAAGGGUGAAGUUGGAGCUCAGGGUGCUCGUGGACCUGAGGGUCCUGCUGGAGCCCGUGGAGAGCCUGGAAAUCCUGGUCCUGCUGGCGCUGCUGGACCCUCUGGAAACCCUGGAGCUGAUGGAGCCCCUGGAGCUAAGGGAGCACCUGGUGCUGCUGGAGUUGCUGGUGCCCCAGGUUUCCCUGGACCACGUGGACCUCCAGGACCUCAGGGUGCAGCUGGUGCCGCUGGUCCCAAGGGUAACACUGGUGAGUCUGGUGCCCCCGGAGCCAAGGGAGAGUCCGGUGCUAAGGGAGAAGCCGGUGCACCAGGUGUUCAGGGACCCCCAGGAUCUCCUGGUGAGGAGGGCAAGAGAGGAGCUAGAGGAGAGCCUGGUGCUGCAGGAGGUCGUGGAGUUCCUGGAGAGCGUGGUGCCCCUGGUGGUCGUGGUUUCCCUGGUUCUGAUGGCCCUGCUGGACCCAAAGGUGCCACUGGUGAGCGUGGUGCCCCUGGUCUUGUUGGACCCAAAGGUGCCACUGGUGAGCCUGGUCGCACUGGUGAGCCUGGUUUGCCUGGAGCAAAGGCAAGGUAUGACUGGCAGCCCUGGCAACCCUGGACCUGAUGGCAAGACAGGACCUGCUGUAAGAAUAUUUUUUGGCAAAGUUAAUCUCUCAACCAACAAGGAAACCCUGGACAAGACGGCCGCCCUGGACCACCUGGUCCUGUUGGAGCUAGAGGCCAACCUGGAGUCAUGGGAUUCCCUGGACCCAAGGGAGCUGCUGGUGAGGCUGGAAAGCCUGGUGAGAGAGGAGUCAUGGGACCUACUGGCGCUGCUGGUGCUCCUGGGAAAGACGGUGAUGUUGGCGCCCAGGGUCCUACUGGACCAGCUGGUCCCCCUGGUGAGAGAGGAGAGCAGGGAGCUGCUGGAGCCGCUGGAUUCCAGGGACUUCCAGGACCACAGGGUGCUGUUGGUGAGACUGGCAAACCUGGAGAGCAGGGUCUGCCCGGUGAGGCUGGAGCCCCAGGACCUGCUGGAGCUAGAGGUGACAGAGGAUUCCCAGGUGAGCGCGGUGCACCUGGCCCUAAUGGACCUGCUGGUGCUCGUGGAUCCCCCGGAGCAGCUGGAAAUGAGGGUGCUAAGGGAGAUGCAGGUGCCCCCGGUGCUCCUGGAGCCCAGGGCCCUCCUGGACUGCAGGGAAUGCCUGGUGAGCGUGGUGCUGCUGGUCUUCCUGGACUGAGGGGUGACAGAGGUGACCAAGGAGCCAAGGGUGCUGAUGGAGCUGCUGGUAAAGAUGGUCCCCGUGGCUUGACUGGACCAAUUGGACUUCCCGGACCUGCUGGAGCCCCUGGAGACAAGGGAGAGCCUGGUGCCCAGGGAGCAGUUGGACCUGCUGGAGCUCGUGGAGCCCCUGGAGAGCGAGGAGAGGCUGGACCACCUGGACCUGCUGGAUUCGCAGGACCUCCUGGGGCUGAUGGUCAGCCAGGUGCUAAGGGAGAGGCUGGAGACAAUGGUGCUAAGGGAGAUUCUGGUCCCCCAGGCCCUUCUGGACCUACUGGUGCUCCUGGACCCCAGGGUCCCGUUGGAAACACUGGCCCCAAGGGAGCCCGUGGCCCUGCUGGACCUCCUGGUGCUACUGGCUUCCCUGGCGCUGCUGGCAGAGUUGGACCUCCUGGCCCUGCUGGCAAUCCUGGACCUCCCGGUCCUUCUGGACCUGCUGGCAAAGAAGGACCCAAAGGAAACCGUGGUGAGACUGGACCUGCUGGUCGCCCUGGUGAAGUUGGUGCUGCUGGACCUUCAGGAGUUCCUGGCGAGAAGGGUAACCCUGGUGCUGAGGGAUCUCCUGGACCUGCUGGUAUUCCUGGACCUGCUGGUAUUGCUGGACAGCGUGGUAUUGUUGGUCUGCCUGGACAGAGAGGAGAGAGGGGUUUCCCUGGCCUGCCUGGACCUUCUGGUGAGCUUGGAAAGCAGGGACCUGCUGGCCCCAGUGGUGAGCGAGGACCUCCCGGACCCAUGGGACCACCUGGUCUUGCUGGAGCCCCUGGCGAGGCUGGACGUGAGGGUGCCCCUGGUAACGAGGGUGCAGCUGGUCGUGAUGGUGCCCCUGGACCAAAGGGAGACCGUGGAGAGUCCGGCCCUGCUGGAGCACCUGGUGCCCCAGGACCCCCUGGUGCCCCUGGACCUGUUGGACCUGCUGGAAAGAGCGGUGACCGUGGAGAGACUGGACCUGCUGGCCCUGCUGGUCCUGCUGGCCCUGCUGGCUCUCGUGGCCCAGGAGGACCCGCUGGAGCUCGUGGAGACAAGGGAGAAACUGGAGAGGCUGGAGAAAGAGGCAUGAAGGGACACAGAGGAUUCCCUGGAACGCAUGGACCUCCUGGACCUGCUGGACCAUCUGGAGAGCCCGGACCUGCUGGUUCAGCUGGCGCCGCUGGACCUAGAGGACCUGCUGGAUCUGCUGGAAGUCCUGGUAAGGAUGGUAUGUCUGGCCUUCCUGGACCCACUGGACCUCCUGGACCUCGUGGACGUUCUGGAGAGAUGGGACCCGCUGGUCCUCCUGGACCCCCUGGACCUCCUGGAGCCCCUGGUGCCCCUGGUGGUGGGUUCGACCUUGGAUUCCUUUCCCAGCCCCAGGAGAAGGCCCCAGAUCCUUUCCGCAUGUUCCGUGCUGAUGACGCCAACGUUCUUCGUGACCGUGACCUGGAGGUUGACACCACUCUGAAAAGCCUGAGCCAGCAGAUCGAGCAGAUCCGCAGCCCAGAUGGAACCAGAAAGAACCCUGCCAGAACCUGCCGGGACCUCAAGAUGUGCCACCCUGACUGGAAGAGUGGCGAAUACUGGAUUGAUCCUGACCAGGGCUGCACUCAGGAUGCCAUCAAGGUCUACUGUAACAUGGAGACUGGAGAGACCUGUGUGUCACCAACUCAGCGCGAUGUUGCCAAGAAGAACUGGUACAUGAGCAAGAACAUCAAGGAGAAGAAGCAUGUCUGGUUCGGAGAGGCUAUGAACGACGGCUUCCAGUUUGAGUAUGGCAGUGAGGGCUCUCAGCCAGAGGAUGUGAACAUCCAGCUCACCUUCCUACGUCUCAUGUCCACUGAGGCAUCCCAGAACAUCACCUACCACUGCAAGAACAGCGUUGCCUACAUGGAUGCCACCGCCGGUAAUCUCAAGAAGGCCCUUCUGCUCCAGGGCUCCAACGAGAUUGAGAUCAGGGCUGAGGGCAACAGCCGUUUCACCUACAGCGUCCUGGAGGAUGGAUGCACGUCACACACCGGUACAUGGGGAAAGACAGUUAUUGAUUACAAGACAUCGAAAACAUCUCGCCUGCCCAUCAUUGAUAUUGCUCCUAUGGACGUUGGUGCUCCAGACCAAGAGUUUGGCCUUGAAGUUGGACCUGUCUGUUUCUUGUAAAAAGAGAAAUCUGGACUUGAAAUUGUUGUUGUGUGUGUGAGCGUGUGAGUGUUUUAUUAUUUUCUAGCAGUCAUCUCUCCCUUAAAAAAAUCAACCCCACCAAAACAUUCUACCAAUGUCAUUUUUCUGAAAAAAUCCAACCCCUCACUCCAGAUUCUACAAGUGUCCUUUUGGCUGUUGUUUCCGAUGGUCCACUUUGCCUAAAGCCUGCACUUCAAAAAGAAUAAGAUUGCGGCGGUGUGGCAUCUGCAUCGUUGCGUUUGGGACCACUACUUUUUUCUUUUUGACUCGUUUUUUUUUUUUUUUUUGGUCUGUCUUUUUUGCCAUCAACAACACCAUGGAUAUUGUAGAGAAGACAUUUGUUUACCUGGCAACAAGAAAAUAAUAUAUGCCUCUGUAAAGUGUAGAAAAAAAACAAGAAACCUUCCCUCCUCAUCCGGCCCAACCAGGCCUCUCCGGAGUUUACAGAAACACACAGGUGACUUUUGUAUUUUAUACACCUCUGCGCUCUGAGGAAUGAAAGGACAGUCCCAACAGACCGAACCCAAUUGCUUUGUACCACGUUUCAGGUGUUGAUGAAUAAACGGUGAAACUGACAGCCACGUUUGUCUCUGUUGUUCUGCCCCCCCCCCCCCAUUCUGCUUCACCUGCCACAGACAGUGUUGACAUCUCCCUCCUCCACCUCAUCUUCAGAUGUUGCAGCUGUUGUAAUUUGUCUGUUGUUCCCAUUGCUUUCGUGUUUAUUUAAAUCUAUUUCUCAAUUUUCAUCUGAAGAAAAGUCCCAUUAAAAUCAACAGCAGAUAAACAUGGGUUUAAACCUCUUUUUUUGAUGUAAAGGAAAACGGCUACCUCAAAAAAGGGAAAGGAGUUCCAGCUAUGACAAAGGUCCCUGUGUUUUUAAAGUGAAGCCUGCAGCAGUCGUGGCGGUCGCGGGGUAGUUGAAGUUUACUGACACUUUAAAAAGAAGCAGAAACAACUCAAACUUAAGGUGCUAUUCUUUAUAAGUUGGCUGCUGGUUGUCCGGUAUGGCUCAACUGUUCUGUCAUGUUUUGGUCACUCUGGCAAGGCAGGAUCAUCUUGGUGCUAAAACAAAACCACAGCUUAAUGUCUUGAUUCCCAGAGUGAGACAAUCUUCUUCUAUUUAAAAGCAAUGACAGUCAAAUUGUCACUCUCUGAGAGUGAAAAAUGGGUCAAGAAUCUUUUCGUCACAGUUUUUUUGUGUGUCCUAAACGUAGCCCUUCACCUUUUCUUUUCCACCCUUACAUUCAUGCAUCUGUCAUAGUUUGUUUCUUGUUCCCAUGUGUGACAGGUGACAUUUCUAAUCACAAUGGCAAGUCAAAUUGGAAUCAGAGAUUAGAUAUACUGGCCUGAAAGAGAGCCAUCAGCAAUGAGUUUGUGAGAGAAGUCAGAAAGACAUACCCAUGGGGGAAAACACCACAAGGAUCUGUACCUAUUUUGUAUAUGUAUAAUAAAUUGAGAUGUUUUUAAUUAUUUUGAAUGCUGAAAUAAAGCAUGUUAAGUGGUCUAACAUUGAAUGCUGUCUAAUUCCCUGACUGACUUAUUGACUGUGCCCCUUGGACUUGAAUUAAAAACACCUUAAAGCUUUUUAACCAUCUAUGAAUUUGAGUAUUGUUACUAUUCU